AUGGCAGACAAGGGAUUCCAAAGACUUCAACAUGUCAGUAUCUGUCUCGUCAGAACGUCCAAUCUUGGAAAAGGCAUCCGCAAAUUCAGGGUAAGAUUUGAGAAGCUCAUUGGGGAGAACUUUGCAGCGUCUGACAAAGAUUGGCUGAGGAACUACACUGAGAGACAUCCACAAGACUAUACGGACAAGCAGGAAAUCCGUGCAUUGGGUCAACUGCACGACGCCUGUAAGAAUGGGAACCUAGGCCGGGUGAGGCGCAUCCUGUCCCGGAGUAAGACUGAAGUCGACAGAAAGGACAAGAAGUAUGGAAGAACACCACUCAUGAUGGCGGCACAGGAGGGACAUAGAAGAAUAUUUGAUUUUCUGAUUAGAAAAGGAGCCAAUGUGUCACAAGUUGAUGAUAACGGCGACAACGUCUUGCACUGGGCCUGCAGAGGGGGGCAUGUGGGUAUGGUGAAGUAUCUACUCUUACAACACAAUCUUGAUAUCAACAGUAGAGCUAACACAGGAAAAACACCUCUGAUGGUAACUGUACAUUAUGGAUACAUCAAUGUUUGUAAGUUCCUGGUGAGUAUGGGAGCUAACGUGUCACAAGUCGAUGAUGACGGCGACAACAUCCUGCACUUUGCCUGCAGAGGGGAGCAUGUGGAAAUGGUGAAGUAUGUACUCUUACAACACAAUCUUGAUAUCAACAGUAGAACAAACACAGGAAAAACACCUCUGAUGGUAACUGUACAUUAUGGAUACAUCAAUGUUUGUAAGUUCCUGGUGAGUAUGGGAGCUAACGUGUCACAAGUCGAUGAUGACGGCGACAACAUCCUGCACUUUGCCUGCAGAGGGGGGCAUGUGGGAAUGGUGAAGUAUGUACUCUUACAACACAAUCUUGAUAUCAACAGUAGAGCAAACACAGGAAAAACACCUCUGAUGGUAACUGUAUAUCAUGGAUACAUCAAUGUUUGUACGUUCCUGGUGAGUAUGGGAGCUAACGUGGCACAAGUCGAUUAUGGCGGCGACAACAUCUUCCACUCCGCCUGCAGAGGGGGACAUGUGGGUAUGAUGAAGUAUCUACUCUUACAAUACAAUGUUGAUAUCAACAGUAGAACAAACAGUGGAAGAACACCCCUGAUGAUAACUGUAUAUUAUGGAUACAUCAAUGUUUGUAAGUUCCUGGUGAGUAUUGGAGCUAACGUUGCACAAGUCGAUGAUGACGGCGACAACAUCCUGCACUUUGCCUGCAGAGGGGGGCAUGUGGAAAUGGUGAAGUAUGUUCUCUUACAAUACAAUGUUGAUAUCAACAGUAAAACAAAUAGUGGAAGAACACCCCUGAUGGUAACUGUGUAUACGGGACACAAAGACGUGUUUGCUUUCCUCGUGAGUAAAGAAGCUAACGUGUCACAAGUUGAUGACUAUGGCAACACUAUCCUGCAUUUCGCUUGCAAAGGAGGACACGUAAAUAUGGUGAAGUAUGUACUCUUACAACGCAGCGUAAACAGUAGAACAAACGCAGGGACAACACCUAUGAUGAUAGCUGUGUAUUAUGGACACAGAGAUGUGGCUACGUACCUUGUGAGUAAGGGCGCCAAUGUGUCAGAAGUGGAUGACUAUGGCAACAACAUCCUGCAUUGGGCCUGCAAAGGUGGAUAUAUUGGGUUGGUGAAAUAUGUAAUCAUAAAUUUAAGUAUUGAUGUCAACAGUAGAGGACAAUACGGAACGACUUCCCUGAUGAAGGCUGCACGUCAUGGACACAGAGACGUUUUUGAUGUUCUGUUGAGUAUGGGAGCUAAUGUGUCACACGUGGAUGAUGAAGGCAACAACAUACUUCACCAUGCUUCAGUUAGGGGACAUGCAAAGAUGGUUCAGCAUAUCCUAUCACAAAACCUGGUGGACAUUAACAGUAGAGGAAAAUACGGGAGGACACCAUUGAUGAGAGCAGCGUAUCAUGGACAUAAAAAGGUGUUUGAUCUGCUUGUGAAGAAAGGUGGUGAAAUUGCCUUGGUUGAUGGCAAUGGUGACAACAUCCUACAUCUGGCCUCUUGGUGUGGACAUGUGGAGAUUGUGAAGCACAUCCUCUCACAGAAUAUGGUCAACAUUAACGCCAAAGACAAGAGUGGGAAAACAGCAGCCAUGAUAGCAAAGCUUGAAGGGCACCUUGGAUUGUAUAACGUUCUUGUUUCACAGGGCUAUCCAUUAAAGUAA